UCUGCUGUUGCGCCCCAUCCCCCCGCGGCCGGCCGGUUCCAGCCCUCGCCCCGCGUCCCCUGCCCGCGCCCCCGCCCCGGGCCCCGCCAUGGGCCUCACGGUGUCCGCGCUCUUUUCGCGGAUCUUCGGGAAGAAGCAGAUGCGGAUCCUUAUGGUUGGCUUGGAUGCAGCUGGCAAGACUACCAUCCUCUACAAACUGAAGUUGGGAGAGAUUGUCACCACCAUCCCCACUAUAGGCUUCAAUGUGGAAACAGUGGAAUAUAAGAACAUCUGUUUCACAGUCUGGGAUGUCGGAGGCCAGGAUAAGAUCCGGCCUCUGUGGCGGCACUACUUCCAAAACACUCAGGGCCUCAUCUUUGUGGUAGACAGCAAUGACCGGGAGCGGGUCCAGGAGUCGGCUGAUGAACUCCAGAAGAUGCUGCAGGAGGAUGAGCUUCGGGACGCGGUGCUGCUGGUGUUUGCCAAUAAGCAGGACAUGCCCAACGCCAUGCCUGUGAGCGAGCUGACGGACAAACUGGGGCUUCAGCACUUGCGCAGCCGCACGUGGUACGUCCAGGCCACCUGUGCCACCCAAGGCACAGGCCUGUAUGAUGGGCUGGACUGGCUGUCCCAUGAGCUGUCAAAGCGCUAGCCAGCCAGGGGCAGGCCCCUGCUGCCCGGAAGCUCCCGCGUGCAUCCCGGGAUGACCAGACUCCCGGACUCCUCAGGCAGUGCCCUUCCUUCCCACUCUUCCUCCCCACAGACAGGCCUCUGCUCCCACGCCUGCCUGCAUGCUCUCUCUCUUGUCGUUGGAGCCUGGAGCCUUGCUCUCUGGGCACAGAGGGCUCUGCUCUCCUGUCUGCUGGGACCUGUGGAAGGGCUUCCUGGCCAAGGCCCCCUCUUCCAGGGGAGGAGCAGGGAUCUGGAUUUAAUUUUGUUUUGGUUUUGUUCUUUUGGGUUUUUUCUGUUUGGGGUGUACCCUUGGGGCCAGGUUUGGGGGGAGGAAAGUGAGGGCUCCGGGUGGUGCUAUGAUGUGGAACUGGAUAUUGAGUAAUAAAUUUGCUGUGGUUUGUA